UUUUGACGCUCUUGCUACAUUUACCCCGUGCGUGUGUUUUGCUGCGAAGCUAAUAUUAUGAUAAGGUCCUUUUGCAGGAACCGCUAACAUGGGGGCAAAGAGUAAAGGCCGCAUUCCUCGGAACAAGAAGAAGUCAUGGAAGAAGCAAGUAGACAUCUCAGAAGUAGACGAGUACCUAGAUGAUGUUCGACUACAGGAGCGCUUUGGUGGUCUUGUAUCGGAGAAGGAGAGUGAUGAAAUUUUCACCAUCGACAAGAGCCCGGAUGAGGCCGAUCCUGAUGUUCUGCUGCGUCAGAAGCGACCGAAACGGCCCAAGGUCGACCAGGACAACCUGAGAUGCUUUCAGAACCUGAAGGGCCUCCCUGGUGCCAAAGUACCAGUGAAACACAACUACAUCAAGGACAAACGACCAGAUUAUAUCAAAGCAAAGACAAACAGGAAGAAGGCUGCGAGCGAAUUGCUGGCUGCUGUGUCCAAUGACAUUGCUUUGAAGAAAGGAGAGGAAAAGAAGAAACAGCUUCCGAAGGACCCAUGGGCAGACGACGAAACUGCCGACCCGGCGGGCGACUGGCUCGAGCCGGCACUCCGAAAGAUGCGCCGCUGCCGCACCGAGGGCACCGUGCGCCGGCCGCUCUACAUGCGCGUGAAGAGGUCCCUGCUGCCGGCCGUCGAGCCGCCGCACGCAGGUCAGUCGUACCACCCGGAGGCAGCCGAUCACUCGGCGCUUCUCGAGGAGGCGGUCCUGGUCGAACACAAGAAGGAGGCCGACUUCCAGCGCUGGGAGCGCCAGACUACCGCCAAGUUCCCCUCGCGGCGGCCCACAGAGGCCGACUGGAUUAAGGAGAUGUCGGGAGGCCUCGGAGAAGACGAGGAGGAAAAGGGCGAUGAGGAGAAAUCCGUGACGCUCGUAAAGAAGGUACCCAAGCCGAAGACGCGGCAGCAGCGGCGCAAGAUGCGCGAGCGGGAGGUGGCCGAGCGUCAGAGGCUGGCGGCCGUCACCACCCGGCGCUCGGAGAACGAGGUGUUCAGGGUGCGCACCAUCGCCAAGGAGCUGCGCGCGCGCGAGGCGCGGACCGUCGAGCGCCAGGCGCGCCGGCUGGAGCGCCAGUGCGCGCGCGCCAGCCAGCCGCUGACGCUGGGCCGCGAGCGGUUCGAGCCGACGUCGCUGGAGCUGAACCUGACCGAGGAGCUGCCGGGCUCUCUGCGCAACAUCCGCGUGGAGGGCGACCCGCUCCAGGAGCGCUUCAAGUCGCUGCAGAAGAGGAACAUCAUCGAGCCGCGCGUGCGCACCACGCAAAAGAAGAAGUUCAAGAGGAAGCGCUUCGACCGGAUCACGGCCUCGGAUCGCGAGCCCAACAAGCUGAAGACGGAGCGGAACUUCUGAUUUCGUUUCCGGUCGGAAAGAACUGUGUCACCAAUAUGCUGACGUUGCCGUUGGAACUGGAUCGUAACGCGUUUAUGGAGACUCGAAUAAAGGCGAUAUAUCGGA